UUUAAGUAUUAAUCCAUGGUUUUUCAUCUUGACUGGAAUGCUGAUCGAACGUGCAGGCACGAGAUCGUUGGCGUAGUAACGGAGGUGGGGAGCAAGGUAACAAAAUACAAAGUUGGCGACAAAGUGGGCGUGGGUUGCAUGGUGGGAGCUUGUCACUCCUGCGACAACUGCAAGAACGAUCUCGAGAAUUACUGCCCCAAGAUGAUCCAAACCUAUAACUGGACCAACGUCGAUGGUACUAAGACCUACGGUGGCUACUCCGACUUCAUGGUCGCCAAUGAGCGUUACAUCGUCCGGAUGCCUGAGAACAUGCCUCUCGACGCCGGUGCGCCUCUGUUGUGUGCCGGGAUCACUGUCUACAGCCCCAUGAAGUAUUACGGACUCUGCUCCCCUGGCAUGCAUUUGGGUGUGGUAGGUCUUGGUGGGCUUGGCCAUGUGGCUGUCAAAUUCGGCAAAGCUCUUGGGAUGAAGGUGACUGUCAUCAGCACCAGUAUUGGCAAGAAGGAGGAAGCCCUCGAACGCCUUGGUGCCGAUGCCUUCUUGGUCAGUCGUGACCAGGAGCAGAUGCAGGCUGCCACAGGUACAAUGGAUGGUAUCAUUGACACCGUUUCUGCUGAACACCCUCUCCUUCCAUUGGUGGGUCUGCUUAAGACACAUGGGAAGAUCGUUAUGGUGGGUGCACCAGUGCUGCCACUCCAGCUUCCGGUCUUCCCUCUGCUAAUGGGGAGGAAGUUGGUAGCAGGAAGCUGCAUUGGAGGAAUGAAGGAAACGCAGGAGAUGAUCGAUUUUGCGGGGAAACACAACAUAACUGCCGACAUUGAGCUCAUUCCGGUCGACUACCUCAACACUGCCAUGGAGCGACUUGCAAAGGCCGACGUCAAAUACCGAUUUGUUCUCGAUAUUGGAAAAACCUUGACCCCAGCUUAGGCUCAAAGACAGUUGCCUUUCAUUGGUCAUUUUUGCAGCUAUGGUUCAUGGUUAGGAAUUGAAGAGGGGAAGAAGCAAAACGUUCUAAGUGGUGUGUUCUUUGUGUUCUCAUGAACAAUUUCAUGUUUUGGUUAUUAGUUUACUUGAGGUGCAUGUGAUGUGAUCCUAAUAGGUUAAGAAAACUAUGUGUCAAAUGUCUCGGGGGCCUGGAAGUUUUAUAUCGAAUAAUAAUUCUGAUUUCUUUGUUUUA